CGCGCCCUGGGCUAGGAAUAACUGGUCGAUAAAAGCCAAAAGUUUAAAAAAUAUUAUUGACGUGUGCAAAUAUAUUUUUAAAUAAAAUUAUGUCGGCUUUAAAGGGGAAUCUGCUGGUUCGCUCUUUGAGCACAAGUGUCGCCUCAGCACAAAUGGUAAAACCUCCAGUGCAAGUAUUUGGAUUGGAAGGUCGGUAUGCUUCCGCUCUUUUUUCAGCAGCAUCAAAGACCAAGGCACUUGACAUCGUCGAAAAAGAGCUCGGCCAGUUUCAACAGUCUAUCAAAACUGAUGCAAAGCUCAAGGAAUUCAUCAUCAACCCGACAUUAAAAAGAAGCAUGAAGGUAGAUGCGUUGAAACAUGUCGCCAAUAAGAUCAGUCUUUCUCCUACAACUGGUAAUCUACUUGGAUUACUUGCUGAAAAUGGUCGCUUGGACAAACUGGAGGCUGUCAUUAAUGCUUUUAAGAUUAUGAUGGCUGCCCACCGGGGUGAAGUAACUUGUGAAGUUGUUACAGCCAAACCACUAGAUCAAGCACAGAGGCAAAAUUUGGAAGCAGCGCUUAAGAAAUUCCUGAAGGGCAAUGAAACUCUGCAGCUUACAGCUAAAGUGGAUCCUUCAUUGAUUGGUGGCAUGGUUGUUUCAAUUGGGGAUAAAUAUGUCGACAUGAGUGUAGCAAGUAAAGUCAAGAAAUACACUGAGCUUAUCAGUGCUGCUGUUUAAGCCUAAGUUUCAUUAUAAAGAUUUAGCAAACAAUGAAAUAUAUUUAAUCAGUUUA